AUGCCGGCACAGCUUAGCGAGUCAUUGACGAUUUCUGAGAGCCCAAAACCGCUCACCUUUGUGACCAUCUUGUUCCUCAUCCCCAGCGACCCCGCCAUCUUCCGGGCGAUCUCAUCCUCUCCAUCAGCGGUGCAGUUUCAUCAGCUUUGUACCUACCUAGUCGAGCAGUCGAGCACCAUGCAUCAUGCGACUCUCUUCCUCUUCAUACUUGUAGCUGCAGCGCCCUUUCUCUCCGCGGUGAAGACCUUGAACUAUCCAAAUACAACAACCAAACUCUCGACAGUGUGGAUCAACAACGCAACUGACGGUGCACUCGACAUGCGCCCCAUUCUCAUCAGUUCACAACAAGAUCCCUCGCGCAGUGGAAGCGCCUUUGCCGCAGGAUUCUUAUGUGUCUCCACCCCUACAUGCAACAUGUCCCUUUUUGGCGUCUUCAUUGUCACUAAAGAAUAUGGCUCAUGGACCAGCAGCACCUAUCCUGCGGCGGCGGUUUGGUCGGCCAACCGAGCUCGCCCUGUCGGGAUGAAUGCCACCCUUGAGCUUACCUCCAACGGAAACUUGGUCCUCAUGGAUGCUGAUGGUAGCCACAUCUGGUCAAGCAACAGCUCGGGCCGGUCUGUGACCGGCAUGGUGAUCAAUGAGUUCGGCAAUCUGGCGUUAGUUGAUCAGAGUAGUGCAACAGUGUGGCAGUCAUUUGAUCAUCCUACCGACACAUUGGUCCAUGGGCAGUCACUUGUGGAAGGUAUGAAGCUCACAGCAAGUACCUCUGUAACAAAUACGACCGAGAAUCGGCUCUAUAUCACCGUACUCCCACAUGGACUAUAUGCUUAUGUUGAAGCUACACCACCACAACUCUAUUUUUCAUUCUAUUACUCGGUGGCCGAUCACAGGAGACAAAAUGAUUUAACGAGGGUUACAUUCAUGAACAGAAGCCUCACAAUCUUUGUGCGAUCAGAUAGGUACGGUGGUAUCUCAUUGCCAGCAACCAAAUCCAACCAAUACAUGAGACUAGAGUCAGAUGGACACUUGAGGUUGUACGACUGGGCUAAUGGAUCAAUUUUGUAUGAAGUAAUGCAGAUAAAUGAUUGUGAUUACCCAACAGUUUGUGGGGAGUACGGCAUAUGUAUCGACAGCCAAUGUGUUUGCCCAUAUGAGAACUCUUUCUUCAAGCCGGUGGACGAACGACAACCCAAUCUUGGUUGCACACCAUUAACUCCAAUCUCUUGUCAAGAAAAACAACGGCAUCGGCUAUUGACCCUUUCCUCCAUUUAUUACUUUGAUAAGAACUACACAGUAGUGAAUGCCAAAAGCCUCGCUCAGUGUAAGAAAGCCUGCUUGAAGAACUGCUCUUGCAGGGCCGUUAUCUUCAGUUAUUACCACAACGAUUCAUAUGGAGAAUGUAUGUGGGUGACAAAGGUCUUCUCGUUGCAAUCAAUGCAGCCUGGUGAUGAUGAUGUCUACAGCUCCACUGCUUACCUCAAGGUGCAGAUUGAUGAAAACAAAAAUAAUGUGAUGUUAGGUGCUACACUUGGAGGUAUUAGUGCUCUUCUACUGCUUGCCAUUGUUGUCGGUUUUUAUCUAAAGAGGAGGAAAAAAUAUGAAGAGAAAGAUGAUUUUGAUUUUGAUAAAUUACCUGGCAUUCUGACGAGGUUUUCAUUUGAAAAGAUGAUCAAAAGCACCGAAGGGUUCAUUAAGAAGCUCGGAGAAGGUGGGUUUGGGAUGGUUUUUGAAGGGAAAUUGGGUGAAGAUACAGUUGCGGUGAAACGUCUGGAAGGUGCUAGGCAAGGAAAGAAAGAAUUUUUGGCUGAGGUUGAGACUAUUGGCAGGAUUGAACACAUCAAUCUAGUCAGGCUAAUUGGCUUUUGCGCAGAGAAGUCUGAGAGGCUUCUGGUAUAUGAAUAUAUGUCAAGAGGGUCACUUGAUAGGUGGAUCUAUUAUCGCCAUAACAAUGCCCCUCUUGAUUGGUGCACACGGUGUAGGAUCAUUCUUGAUAUCGCUAAGGGCCUAUGUUAUCUUCAUGAGGAGUGUAGGCAAAAAAUUGCUCAUUUGGAUAUCAAACCACAAAAUAUUCUCCUGGAUGACAGCUUUAAUGCCAAAGUUGCUGAUUUUGGACUAUGCAAGCUAAUAGAUAGGGAUCAGAGCAAAGUAGUGACUAUGAUGAGAGGAACACCAGGAUAUUUGGCACCUGAAUGGUUAACAUCGAGGAUCACUGAAAAAGUUGAUGUCUACAGCUUUGGAGUUGUUAUCAUGGAAAUAGUAAGUGGAAGGAAAAAUAUUGACACCUCUGAACCUGAGGAGAAUGUUCAACUCAUAAAAUUACUACGAGAAAAGGCUACAAACAAUCAAAUGAUUGAUCUGGUUGACAAGCACAGUGAUGAUAUGGUCUCACACCAGGAUGAAGUUAUUAAAAUGAUGAAGCUUGCAAUAUGGUGCCUGCAACAUGACAGCAUUCGAAGGCCUUCGAUGUCAGUCGUGAUCAAAGCGUUGGAAGGUGCGAUUAUCAUAGAAACUUUUGAUGCAAAUUCAAUAAUGCAUGUUCAAGAUAAUCCAUCAACAUAUUCAGUUACAUCUCAGACAACAAUGCUAUCUGGCCCAAGGUGA